AUUACACUUAUGGGAAGUGGGGAAGGAGGUGUGGCAGUGUAGUCUGUUGUAUAAAAGAGCUGGUUCUGUUGUGCAGGGUGAGCUGAGGGUCCAAGGUCCAACCAACAUGCAGGUCAGAAUGAGGAGCCUUGGUUGUUGCGCGCUUAUAUUCGCUCUGCUGUUGAGCUGCUCAGUCCAGGCUGUGAAAAAACAGAAAGCCAGCAAAUCUCCUGGUAGAGACUGCACACAGAUCAGGAGUCUGUUUCCAAAUGCCCCCAGUGGAGUCUAUGUAAUCCAGCCCAGGAGAAUCAAUACCCGCUUCAAGGUGUACUGUGAGAUGAACUCAGAUGGGGGCUGGACGGUGUUUCAGAGGCGCAGCGGAGGCUCUGUGUCUUUCGACAGAAAAUGGGCAGCUUAUAAGAAUGGAUUUGGAAACCUGACACAGGAUCACUGGCUGGGUCUGAGGAAGGUUUUCGCAUUGACAAAGAGCCCAACCAAGAAGUGGAUCUUGCGGGUGGACCUGUGGGACCACGAAGGCGGCACUGCUUUUGCCGAGUACCAGAACUUCAAACUGGAAAAUAAGAAAAAAGCUUUCAAUCUCCACGUCGGGAAAUACAAAGGAAAUGCAGGUGACGCCAUCCGUGGAGCCUAUCCGGGCAUCGACCAGAACGGCUUCGGCUUCAGCACCAUCGACCGCGACAAUGACGGCUGCUCCCCGUGCUUCUUCGGAGGCAUCGCGGAACAAAAGUGCUCUGUUUCGGAAGGAGGCGGUUGGUGGUACAGCCGGUGCGGCUCCGCCAGUCUCAACGGUCACUGGCACCCUUCUGGGGAACACACCGGCUGGGCUUCUGGUCUCCACUGGCUCACCUGGAAACAGCCCACCCCGUAUUCAGCCAAAGCCACAAGAAUGAUGAUCAAGUGGGUGUGAGGGAGAAUGUCGGCUCCCAGCCUAGUUCAAACCAGUUGUUUACACGCACUGCAUAAAAAGACAUGACCUUUUUGUUGCUCCUUACUGUCUGCCCAGACAAAACUUUUUUUUAGGUCAGUUGGGAUUACUGAAGUUGUUUUAAUUUGUUAAAUAAGACAGAUUUUGAAGUGUGUUUAAAGUUUUCAAUUAUUUCCCCAAUUGGCACGAUGGCCUUUUGUGUCUUCCAAACGGACAAUUGGAGGCUUUAACUCCCUGGCUGAUGUCUCAAUAUGUUGUUUCAACAUUUUAUAUAUUUUGUGGGUCCAAGUCACUUUUGUAGCAAAGUGACCUCACCACAUGAGACGUCCAACUUCACUACUAGGACAUUUCUUGGCCCCGGGCUUCUUGGCGUCUUCAGGAGUCACCUCAACAAUGACGGCCAAGGUUACAAAGUCAUAGCGCCACCAUCUGGGUUUAAAGGUUUCGCGGUCUGGACUUCAGCAAACAGAAAAUAUCUUAGUAGUCUCAACUGACCUAGAACAGGAAAAAGUUUAUUCUGGUUUAAUAUCAGGCAGUAAGAAAUAAAAAAAUAAUUAUUUUGUCUUUUUAUGGAACUAAAUGUCAUGUACGAAAACAUACACAUGUCUGGGUGUAAAUGGUUCAGUGCUAAUUUCAUAGUUACAAAUUUGUGUAAAACCUUUUCCAUGUUUUGAUGGGUUCAGGCCCUGAGUUUGUAUGUUUUUCUGUGCACAGUCCAAAUACAUGCAUGUUAUUAUCAUAAAUGGUCCGUCUGAGUUUCCUUCGGGUGUGUGUGUGUGUGUGUGUGUAUAUGCGUGUGUCUGUGUUGGUGAGCACACUUGAAAGUACUAAGCAGGUAUCAAAAAAUUUUU